CAUCCUAGCUAACUCUUAUAUUUCAUAUCAUAAGACCACUCUUUCUAGUUUCUAUCUACCUGUAGAUCUUUACAGCAACCUGAAGUUCACAGUUUAUACCCGAAAGAAACAUAUUUACAAGUUUAGCUAGAGAGAUUGAAGUAAUGGCAUCAUCAAUGGUCAAUGUGUUCGGGGCCAGAGUAUCAUACAACCCAUCACCAAUGAAGGGUGUAAUUACAAGAUCAGUUUCAACAACAACGAGAGCUAAUAGUGUUAGUAUCAGAGCAGAAGCGAUAAACCCUGAUAUAAGAAAGACAGAAGACAAAGUAGUGGACGCUGUAGUGGUCACUGAAUUAUCAAAACCCCUCACUGCCUAUUGCAGGUGUUGGAGGUCAGGGACAUUCCCAUUAUGUGAUGGAGGUCAUGUGAAACAUAACAAAGCUACUGGUGAUAACGUUCUAAAUAAAGCUUGGAUGGAAUUGCGGAGCGAAAAGAGCAGAAAAGUGGUGGAAAGUCGAUAGGAAUCCCGCAAGAAGGCCGCGAAGAAUGUUGUGCACAAGACUCAAAGGCUAGAAAUGGGCUUGGAAAGAAGAAUUUGUUCUUAAAGAAGAAGUGGGCUCAGAAUUGUCUAAGCCCAAACUCUAACCUAAGUCCAAGACCAAGCCCAAAGCCUGCCUAAGCUCGUAGCCGUCAGAUUGGAUCCACAGAUGCAUCCAACGGUCGCUUCAUCACAGUGCAUCAAACUCUGAAGCUCCUGUCAAACAUCAUAGCACCUAACUCUCAUCUGGAUCGUCAGAAUUGUUGUAUCAAGAAUCUAACGGUCGCUCAAGAUCUGCCUCCGUCUCGCCGUUAGAUCGAUCCAUCAUCUUCGCAUCCAACGUCUCAUCCUUGCUGUUC